AUGUCUGUGACUAUUGAUUCUUUGACCCCUCUGUCAAUUAUAAAUACCGCCGAGGUUUUGAAGACUGUCCCUACCCUUGAUGGUUCCCAGCAGCAGGGGAACCAAGACCCUAUGGCUUUCGAAAAUUUGCAGCCUUAUGUUCACCCACCCGAGUCAGCUGAAGACUUGCAAUGGUCUGACCUCGUGACUCUUGACCUUUCUGAACUAGCAAGAACAGGAGGCAAACAGUCGUUGGCUGCCCAGCUGUCACACGCAGUACAUCGUGUUGGGUUCUUCUAUGUUAAAAAUUUUGGACUCACGCAAAACCAAAUCGACCGGCAGUUAACCAUAGCCAAGGCUCUUUUCGAUCUUCCUUUCGAAGAGAAACAUAAAUAUUCAGUGGACUACAGCAAAGGGGAUUACAAUGGAUAUCGCUGGGGAGGCUACCGUGCCGAUGGCAGCGUGGCUGAGAAUAACCAUGGCGACAACAUUGAGGCCUACAACAUUCCUAAAUUCACCCCUGACUUUGCUGGGAAAUAUGCUCACCCUCCACUAAUUGAGAGGCAUAUUGCUGAAAUCGAGAGCUUCUCUAAGCAUCUACACGAGCACAUUGUCCUCCCUCUGAUGGUUCUUUUCGGCGUUCUGCUUGAGUUCUCGGAUGAUGAAUUGCUAGCGAGACUACACAGCUACGAAAAGCUAUCCGACGAUCAUUAUCGCUACAUGAAAUAUUGCCGACGCACGCCAAAAGAGCACGAAGAAACUCAAGGCCCUCAAGUAAAGGGCCAUACGGACCUUGGGAGCCUCACACUGCUGUUCCGACAACCUGUCGCAGGGCUUCAAAUUUUAGGGGACGAUAACCAGUGGCGAUAUGUUCGGCCUCUCCCUGACACAGUCACGGUUAAUGUGGCGGAUAUUCUCUCAUUGCUGACUGGAGGGUACUUCAAGUCCUCCGUUCACCGAGUUAUCGCGCCCCCGCAGGAUCAGUGGGGUUAUGAUCGUAUGGGCUUGUUGUAUUUCGCCAGACCUCAUAACGACACAAUUUUGAGGUCCUUGGUUUCCCAAUCUCCCGUUCUCCAAAGAAAUCAAGCUAUAUUGGAAGAAGGAUUUACACGGCCUAUUACUAUGGGCGAGUUUACCUUGGCCAAGCAGCAGAUGCUGCUAAACCCCCACGUGUACGACAAGAAACGAGAUGAACAAGGAACUGUCGAAUUGAUUGCGGGUUUCAAAGACCAAAAUUUCAAGUGA